AUGUCCAAAUCGAAGAUUGAUGACCUUGGAUUUCUGGAACUAUCACCAGGGACUGAUCCUGUCGUCGAUAUUGUCGCCAUUCAUGGUCUAGAUGGUCACAGAGAAGAGACAUGGACAACAGACGAUGGGAUCCUAUGGCUACGCAAGUUCUUGCCUCCCGACUUACCCAACGCACGAAUCCUCAGUUAUGGUUACGACGCCGAUACGCAAAGUAAAGAAUGCGUAUCCACUCAAACAAUGCGUCGUCAUGCCGAAGGACUGGCUCAAGCUCUUUCAAGGCAACGCACGCACGCACCUCGACGUCCUAUAAUAUUCGUUGCGCACAAUAUAGGAGGUAUCAUCCUCAAAUGGGCGCUCGUGAUCUGUCACAAUCAGAACCCGGAGUCAAAGUGCGAUCUACGAGACAUCUUGGUUUCUACUCAUGCGAUCCUCUUCUUCGGAACUCCCCACUCUGGCCUCGAGGGCACAACUCUCCUGACCACGAUCAACCGCUUCGCAUCAAUGUAUACGAAAACGACAAAUGUUCUCCUCAAAGAUCUUGAGAAUCACUCGUCUGAACUCGAAAACGUCCAGAGUCUGUAUGUCGCUGUGAGCGAGAAGUUCAACAGUAUAUUCUUCUGUGAAGCAUACAAGACACCUGCAGAGAGAAAGAGGAGGAAGUUGAAUGUUCCUCAUCACGCGGCGGUCAUCUCUGGUGAUCGAAACGCCACGACUAUCGUCCUGCAUGCCAGCCACGAAGAUCUGGUCAGGUUCCAUGCAGCAGAUAGCGACAAUUAUCGCACCGUUCUUCAUCAUCUCAAAGACUACUCCAGCAGCGCAACAACAGCUGUGAGUGAGAAGUGGACAAGAGAAGACACCUGUCGUAGCGCUGCAAGAGGAGAGUCUGAUUCCCAGGAAGUAGCACGACCGAAGUCACUCCCACCAGUGUCAAUAAGCUACAUCGAGCGACCAGAACUUCAAACCCUUAUCACACAAAAGCUUCUUCCAGACGGCGAUGUGGGCCGCCAACCGCGAUGUAUUCUAUACGGGCUCGGAGGGGCUGGGAAAACUCAGCUUGCAACGAGAUGGAUCAGGAAAAAUAAGAACAAGUUCACUCGAGUGAUUGUUAUCGAUGCAACGAGUCAGGCCCAGCUGGAAGCGGACUUGGAGCGGUCGAUUCGCACCUUGGGAACCGAAUACAGCAAGAUGACGUGGGAAGAUGCAGUCUCCCACCUGGACGACAAUGAAAAGGGAUGGCUACUGUUCAUGGACAACGCAGAUUCAUCUGAACUGAAUCUUGAUCCGUAUCUCCCGGGGUCUAUCCAUGGAGCAAUCAUCAUCACGACACGGAAUAGAGGCUGCAUUGGCCACGCUCCCAACGGCGCGAUUCCUGUCGGCGAGCUGGAGGAGAAUGAGGCCAUAAACCUCCUUCAUACAGUCUCCAAUAUCCCACGUACAUCUGGAAUCAAGUCUGUGGAGAUUGUAAGGGAGCUUGGAAUGCUGGCACUGGCGGUCACUCAGGCGGGGGCUUACAUCCGCACUACACAGCGUCCGGAUACAUACCUCGAAAGUUUCCGCAAGCAUAGAAAGCGAUUGAUGAGCAAGGCUCCGGGUGAGGGAACACAUUAUCCGUCCUCGACAUACACUGCGUUCGACCUGUCUUUUCGCCGUCUACCGACUAAAACACAGGAUUUUAUGAGAAUAUGCGCAUUUCUUCACCACUCCCUCAUUCCAUACGCGCUAUUCCAGCAAUCGACCGAGUCAAAAUUUAUCACACCCGUGUUCAGGGCGAGCUGGGCCCCACCAGAGAGUGAUAAAGUAUUUAUCACAAAGCUAGAGGGAAUUUUUGGGUUGGAAUGGGAUGAGAUUACGUUCCAAGAAACUGUAGAUUCGGCUUUGCACGCGUCUCUGAUCAGUGUUUCAACUGACGGGCUAUUCUACACUGUUCACCCACUCCUUCAAACAUAUAUCAAGGAUGGACUGAACGAAGAAGAGAAUUUUACCUAUAUACGUAUGACAGCACAGCUAUUGCUUGGCGCAACCCAGCCAUUUGAGAGUAGCAAUGGACACCGAUGGCAACUCCUCGCGCAUGUCAACAGCAUCCCUCGAUCUGUUCAGUCGCAGCACGUCGCUAGCGCAUUGGCUUUCGGCAAAUUCUAUCAGUCUUUGGCAGAUUGGAAUGCAUGCCAAGAUUUAUUUGAAGUUGCUCUUCAGAAUGUCGUGGCCGCUCUUGGCCAAAGGCAUAAAGACUCACUAUGGCUGAUGUCUCUUCUCGCGGGGACAUUACGGGUGCUUAGUCAACUGGAAAAGGCAGAAACAAUGCAGCGAGAAAUACUUUCUCUGCACCUAGACAUCCUUGGGCCACGAAAUUUAGACACGGUCACUGCAAUGCACGACCUUGCAGCCACACUGGAUGAACGUGGUCAGUUGGAGGAAGCGGAAACGAUGAAGCGAGAGGUACUCGCUCUGCGGCUAGACAUCCUUGGACGACGGCACCUCGACACGGUCCACGCAAUGCACAACCUUGCAGUCACUCUGCAUGGACGUGGUCAGUUGGAGGAAGCGGAAACGAUUCAGCGAGAGGUACUCGCUCUGCGGCUAGACAUCCUCGGACGACGGCACCUAGACACGGUCCGGGCAAUGGACAACCUUGCAAUCACUCUGCAUGGACGUGGUCAGUUGGAGGAAGCGGAAACGAUGAAGCGAGAGGUACUCGCUCUGCGGCUAGACAUCCUUGGACGACGGCACCUCGACACUGUCCACGCAAUGGACCACCUUGCAGUCACUCUGCAUGGACGUGGUCAGUUGGAGGAAGCGGAAACGAUUCAGCGAGAGGUACUCGCUCUGCGGCUAGACAUCCUCGGACGACGGCACCUAGAUACAGUCUGGGCAAUGGACAACCUUGCAAUCACUCUGCAUGGACGUGGUCAGUUGGAGGAAGCGGAAACGAUUCAGCGAGAGGUACUCGCUCUGCGGCUAGACAUCCUCGGACGACGGCACCUAGAUACAGUCUGGGCAAUGGACAACCUUGCAAUCACUCUACGUGGACGUGGUCAGUUGGAGGAAGCGGAAACGAUUCAGCGAGAGGUACUCGCUCUGCGGCUAGACAUCCUCGGACGACGGCACCUAGACACGGUCUGGGCAAUGGACAACCUUGCAAUCACUCUGCAUGGACGUGGUCAGUUGGAGGAAGCGGAAACGAUUCAGCGAGAGGUACUCGCUCUGCGGCUAGACAUCCUCGGACGACGGCACCUCGACACGGUCCACGCAAUGGACAACCUUGCAAUCACUCUGCACGGACGUGGUCAGUUGGAGGAAGCGGAAACGAUUCAGCGAGAGGUACUCGCUCUGCGGCUAGACAUCCUCGGACGACGGCACCUAGAUACAGUCUGGGCAAUGCACAACCUUGCAACCACUCUGCAUGGACGUGGUCAGUGGGAGGAAGCGGAAACGAUUCAGCGAGAGGUACUCGCUCUGCGGCUAGACAUCCUCGGACGACGGCACCUAGAUACAGUCUGGGCAAUGCACAACCUUGCAACCACUCUGCAUGGACGUGGUCAGCUGGAGGAAGCGGAAACGAUUCAGCGAGAGGUACUCGCUCUGCGGCUAGAAAUCCUUGGACGACGGCACCUAGAUACAGUGUGGGCAAUGGACAACCUUGCAAUCAGUCUACGUGGACGUGGUCAGCUGGAGGAAGCGGAAACGAUGAAGCGAGAGGUACUCGCUCUGCGGCUAGACAUCCUUGGACGACGGCACCUCGACACGGUCCGGGCAAUGGGCAGCCUUGCAAUCACUCUACGUGGACGUGGUCAGUUGGAGGAAGCAGAAACACUGCGGCGGGAUGCAUUCGCCUUGCGGCUGGAGAUCCUUGGACCGUAA